CAGUCACAGGCGCUCUUUUGUUCCCUCCUACUACCAUAGAUUUUUUUUUUGUUGUUGUUAAUUUAAUAAAAACAGAACGGCUCCUCUCUAUGAUUGUCUGGAGGAGUCACGUGUUUCCGGUAGGAAAUGAUGUUAGAGAGAGGCUGAAAGUCACCGUAUAAGGAUGGCUCCACCGAAGCGCAUGGCAGAUCUUGGAUAUAAGGUGUUCUCUGGGACCAUGAUCCUGCUGACACUGUAUGGUGGGUACCUGUGCAGUUUCCGGGCGUAUCGGUACUUUCAGAGGAAGGAGCAGCUGAAACUGGCAGCAGAGAACCAGACAGAAACCAUUAUCAAAGACUGAAAGAACAGGACUUGACUGUCCAGCACCUCCCGCCAAAUAAUGAUCCAUCCGCAUUACCAGGCAUCAGCCUGUGACCCUACAAAUGUGCAAUGGAGCUUCUUUCCCAUAACCGGGCUGUAAUUACAUUUUUUAUUGGAAUUUUCUUCUGUACAAAUAAAUGUCAUUUGUUUUUGUUCUA